AUGAAGCUUAAGAAAACUAUAUCGGAGAAACCCUAUUGGCCAACUUUGUUUGGAAAAGUUGAGGUCGUUACCGUCUCUUCUUUGAUCAAGAUGCUGUACCGGAAAACCGUGAAGGAUAAGGAAAUCCGGAUUAAAUAUGCAUGUUUAGCUCUUCUCGAAUCGGUCCUUCUUCCUACAAGCCUGAACAUGAAGAUAUCUAGAGAGCAUGCGGAAGCUAUUGAAGAUCUGGGAUUUGUACUCGGUCUACAGCUAGUGUUGGUCGAAGCUGUACCUGCGUUGACAGAGGUGGUGGAUGAUACGGGUUCUUCAUCUGAAUCAGAUGUCGAAGAUCUCGAUGGAGUUGGGCGUGAUAUUUUUCGUAAGAAAUACACUCUGAACCCCGCCCACGCGCGAAGUGUAGACAAGAGAACCGAUGUUAUUGUUCAUAGCAUCCUUGAUGACGAUCCUUUACAACCUGUUGAUGCUGGAAAGUUAGUUUAUUCAGACGAAGAGGAAGAUUCAAGAGUCGACAACCUGGUUGAGGGCAUAAAGAGUAAUAUAAAUUAUAAUUACUCUUCUUUCGAAGGUGGGAUGAGACAGAUUGAUGUGGAGUGUAUGCGACAAUCUUCUAAAGGAUCGUCCACGUCAAAGAAGGUAAAUAAUUCGCACAUUAAUGUUGAACGCAUUGAUCCUUCUUAUAUUGCAAAUACUGUGAUAGAGAAAAUGAAACCUCGGUUGGAUUUAUUGGAGAAAAACCAAAAUGGCGCAUCUUCUAGGCUGGAUGAGAUGGAAGGGAGAGUUGUUAGACAAGUGGAGUCCGUGCUGGUAAAGUUUAAGGAGGACAUGAUUAACUGUGUUAAGGAUAUGGUUUCUGGAUUGUGCAAAGAUUACUUUGGUGCCCACGUUGGGCCUCAAUAUGUUUCCCCACCAGUUCGUAAUGACAUUUCACGCACAUCAAACCAUACGACUCCGGUGGAUGAUCUAAAUGAAGUAACUAUCCGAAAUGUUCUACGCAAUCUUAGUGAGUACUCUACUCCACCACGGUCGACUCGGAUGAGUCAGGAUGAGAACCGAACGCCAACAAUGAAGGAUAAUCAUGGAUCCGAAUAUGAAUGUGUUAAUCCGGUACCUCCGAACGGUGCCCAGUCAGCCAAUAGCGAGAGUCGUGCAAGGCAAAGUUCUUUCCAACAACGAUUGGAGUUACAUAAAAGGAAACCACAUAAUCUAGGAGAGGAACCUUCAUUCUCGCUUGGUCUUACUCAAGAAGAACAGAGUGUGGGUGUAGUUAAUGUUUCGGUAGGGGAGGAUGAAUUCGCGGAUCUUGUGCCUCCUAUACAUGUAGCUGACAACAUAGAAGAAAGGCAAUUGUGUCGCAAGAGCAAGAGGCACAAGACGGUUCCGUCAGGCCUUCUUGAAACAUACCAGUGUGGUCCUCAUUUACUGUCACGGUUGAGAGAAUAUCGGAAGUUCAUUUUCUUAUUGGAUGAUAUGUCUGCUACGGAAAGGAAGUUUCAGAAACUGUCAUCAGAUGUAAAGAGGAAUUCCGUUGUCAAUGUUUCGGGAAUAGCUGUAUCAGUGAAGGAAAUCCUUUUCAUUGUUGAAAGAAGACGUAAUUAUUCGGCUAAGAUUGUUGAUAUUCUUAUCAGAGUUAUACGUUCUGGGUUCCUUAGUGAGAUUCGUCCCAAUGGUUCACGAAGUGGUGAAUUUCUUGAAACCAAAAUUGUCUCCGCAAUUAUUAGGAACUAUCCCAAGUUUCGUAAGAGUACUAAUAAAGAGGAGUACAAUUUCCCGACAUUAUUGACGGAUGUUUUUCCCAGAAAUGGAGAUCCAAAGCACCACCCUAGAAGGUACUACUUUCCAUUCAAUGUGGACAAUAAACAUUGGGUUGGUAUUUGCUUUGAUGCUGGCUGUGGCCACAUCACAAUUCUUGACUGUGCAACGUCUCUGCAUACUGAUGCUUCUAUGGAGAAAUAUCUAAGUCCCCUCGUCCAGAUGUUACCCUAUCUAGCUCGAUAUACAUGUCAAGAUCUAGGAGAAGAUCCAGUGAUCCAGUGUUUUGAUGUUUCGAGGCCGAAAUCAGUCCCCCAGAUAUCCAAAACAUCUGAUUCUGGCCUAAUGUCUCUCAUCUUAAUGGCCACACAUGCUGUUUAUGGCAUGGAAGCGUGCAAGAGUAUUAGAAGUGACGGGAUAAUGGAUGAAGGAAAAAGGGCUGCGAUAUUGGCGUACGAGUUUAAGGAGAAGCUCUAG